AUGGUUGUUCCAGCCCUUUCGAAAGGGUCUGGAGCCCAUGGAGUGUGGCCAGGAAUCCAAAACGACAACUCGGGAUUCGUCUUUCAAAGCGUGAUCAGCGAUUCGAAAGUCCCUGGUACCUGGCAGUUCUUUGUAGAGUAUUGUUGCAAUCCAGAUUAUCAAGCUACGGCAAUUAGAGUUUGGCCUGGGGAUUCCAUCACCAGUACUUUCACCAUGGGUGCCAAUAGUGUUUGGACGGAUAGCUGGUCUUUGACUCCUGGUUCUGCAGGUCAAGCAGCUGGCCAGAAAGCACAAGCAGGCUCGUCGUCCGAGUCAUUCGCAAGCAAAGGCCUGAUCAACAAAGGACUUCUUGCCAUUGAGUUACAAAGUGGAGCAACCUGGGACUUCGGUCAAGUCCAAUGGUCAUCGAUCUCUAUCACGGCAACUACGACCAAGUCAUUUUGUUCCUCUGGAUAUUCCGUUAGUGGCGAACUCAAAUACUCAAUCUCAGGGAGUUCAUCAGCGACACAGGACUCUUCGACGACGUGCACGUACAGUCGUAUAAAUUUUGGAUGA